UCAUGGGUGGUUCCUUGCGUGCAUGCCAGGUAGCGGCGAGAGGAACAGAUGGCGGAGGUGGCGGGGAGGAGAUCGCUGAAUUGGCCAACGGGGAGGAGGGGAUAGCGGAAUAUCUUCAGUAUCAGGGCUAGGAACCAAAGCUGAAUCUCGGAAAGGCCCACGCCGAACAGGCAAUUAACUCUUACAUAGUUUAAUCGAAACAAAAAAUGAGCGGCUAAGCAGGCUAUGUGAUUUAGGCCCAAAGCCUGGGCAAAGAGUUGGUAUAUGAUCCUGGAUAUCAAAGGGAGAGAAAGAUGAUCUACCUCGGAAAAUAAGCAUUAAAAGACUUUAAUCAGGAAACUGAAGUUGGAGCUGCAUUUUGAGAACCUUCUAAUACUGUUGGUGGCGUUUGGCGUAAGGGUAGUCUCAAGCGGAUACUGAUGUUGGGUUAGCUAGCUUACUGAGUUAAGGGACCAGUGGACUAGCUACAUGCACCUUUUAUUCGUCAGUUUUUUUUUGUGGUUAGCUACUGAUGUUUCACUUAGCUAGACAUGGGUGAAUUUCCGAAUGUUUUGAAGUUUUUGAGCUGCUUUUAAAUCGGCCUGGACUGUCCGUCGCUCCUUUUUCAUGCUUUAGCCAAGUGGGAGCACACCCUAGGCGAGCAUUGAUUUAGCGAGUAGCCAUCUCCUUGCAGCUGUCAGAUGAGCUACUGUGUAUUUCUAGUGCAGCGCCCAUAUCCUGCGCUUUUCCCAGUGUAGCCGAGCACGCCCCUGAUAGACGACGUGCAACUUUUUAUUAAUGCAACUUAUUUGUAAAAACGUCCAGGGUCGAUGGUAUCAGUAUUCUCCAUCUGUUGAACCCUACAUGUUUCCGUUAAAUUGACGAUUUGAAGACGGGUCGUCUUCAUCCUUAUACUUUAUGUUUUAGACAAAGUAAAUCCGUAAUCCCUGUCCAGUGUUCGGAGGGCCUUGACACGGUCGCACGGCGUGUAUUUGCUAGCUAACGUCGCCUUUAAUCGGAGAUGGGGAACACACUGUCGUGCUGCGUGUCUCCUGGCGGGAGUCCGAAGAUCUCCAGGCAACAGGAGCGCCUGGAGGACUACCAGACCAACACGGACCUGAGCGAGGACACGACCGGGCCCUACCUGCAGCACAUCAGCGACAGAGAGGUGCCGGACGGUAUGUGUCCUCUUUCUGACAGAGGCCGUUCUUCAUCUUGUUUUUUUAGCGGUUACCUGAAAAACGACUUGCGAGAUUCCAGGAGACAGGCAGUUACUCUAGGAGAGCUGGACAGGGUGUCUCCAGGGCUCCUUUCGAAGAAAUACAGCUCCUGUUCCACCAUAUUCAUUGAUGACAGUACUGUAAGCCAACCAAAUUUAAAAAGCACAAUCAAAUGUGUUACACUAGCAAUAUACUAUCACAUAAAGAACAGGGACUCGGACAGAUCGCUGGACAUCUUUGAUGAGAAGAUUCAUCCAUUAUCAAGAGAGCAGGUCCCAGACAACUACUCCCGGAUUGAUCCUGACCACAAGCUAAUCUACCGUUUCGUCCGGACGCUCUUCAGUGCCGCCCAGCUGACUGCUGAGUGUGCCAUUGUCACUCUGGUGUACCUGGAGCGUCUGCUGACCUACGCUGAGAUGGACAUCUGCCCCUGCAACUGGAAGCGCAUCGUGCUGGGGGCCAUCCUGCUGGCCUCCAAGGUGUGGGACGACCAGGCCGUGUGGAACGUGGAUUACUGCCAGAUUCUUAAGGACAUCACCGUGGAGGACAUGAACGAGAUGGAGAGGCACUUCCUGGAGCUGCUUCAGUUCAAUAUCAAUGUCCCAGCCAGUGUCUACGCCAAGUAUUACUUUGACCUGCGCUCCCUGGCCGACGACAAUAACCUAAGCUUCCCUUUGGAGCCCCUGAGCAAAGACCGAGCCCAGAAACUAGAGGCCAUCUCCAGGCUUUGUGAGGACAAGUACAAGGACCUGAGCAAAGCAGCGAUGCGGAGGUCCUUCAGCGCCGACAACCUGGUGGGCAUGCGGCGCUCCAACGCCGUGCUGUCGUAGCAGGAGGAGCGCACACACCCGACAGUAUACAUGUGACCUCAUCUGGCGCAGAGACGGCCUUCCUGCUCACUCCAUGCCAGAGACAUUUUGUCAGCAAGAGAUUCGCUGCUCUAAGCGUUGUGGCGAAAAGCAUCUACUUAGAGACAAAGAAUGAGUCAGGGUUUUGUGUUUUGUUCUUUUUCUUUCUUUUUUUUGCUUACUAUGUAGGCUAAUAGCUGUGAAAUUUGUUUUUAAAUGAAAUCAUUUGCAGAUGGAGUAUUUUAAAUAAACACUAAUCAUGUAACAAAUUUGUUUAACUUAUACAUGUCUUUGACACCGAAGGGCCUGUUCAACACACUCGGAUGUUUCCUUGCUGACACAAGGCGUCUUUGAACAAUGUUUCAUUCUCUGCGCAGUACCAUUCAUUUGGGUGUGCAGUCUUUGUUUGAUAAACAGGGCUUUAGAUUGAGGCCUCAGAACAAUCCUUUUCUGGAAAUGAUGGGACCUAUUCAGGAUUUUUAUAUCUGAACUGGUGGCACAGUAGUAAAUUGCAUAUAAACUUGGACUAUGUGUGUCAUAUUAGUCCAAAAUCCUCUACUGCAUUGAAUCCUCCUCGCACAGGGAUGGCAGACCUGAUCCAUGGAGGGCCACUGUGGGUGCAGCUUUUUGGGAUGACCUCUGUCAGCCAAUAAUAAAGCAGCGGUUCUCAACUCCAGUCCUGUGGACCCACUGUUAUUGGCUGAUUGAAAGGUCAUCUCAAAAACCCGCACCCACAGCAGCUCACCUUGGAUCUGGUUCGCCCCCCCUGUUCUAGCAUCUAAGUAAAACUUAAAGAAUAAAAAGAAAGACGUGCUGUUGUCCUGGCUGGCAGGGGCUAGAAAGAAUAACAAGGUGAUGUGGAAUUUUGGACAAUUCAAUAAGGAUCAAUAGGGAAGGAGGAAUGAAAAAGAAUUCAAGAAUGUAAAAGUAUGUGCUACCUGUAUUCUAUGUGGGCACUCAAAACAGCAGUCACUUUUGAGAAAGAUUAAAGCGUUUCUUUGAA